AGUCGACCAGGCCGUUAACAUGUUGUUGUCUACUGGAAUUGUUGGUAAUCGCUGGAUUUCAUUUGCUCUAUGGAUAGUCGCCUGUUUAAGUGCGGUGAGUGGACAGGCUGGAACAGUUACCUGGGGUGCUGGAAAUGGAGCAGGUGCUAAUGGAGCUGGUGUUGGAGCCUGGUCAAAUUCUCAAACCGGUGGCAUGCAUCCACCCGGUAGCUUGGGCAGCAAUGAUCCUCAAUUUAGCUACGGUUACGCUGGCGUAGAUUCACGUGGACCCUAUGGCGGAUCCGGGGGCAAUGGUGGCUACUAUGUUAGCGGUACGGAUGAGCAUGGGCGACCCUUCUCCUAUAAUGGUGGUGGCCAAAUUCCACCGCCUGGCUAUCCCGGGCGUAAUGAUUAUUAUGGUUAUCGUGGCGCCGCUUCAAUGACAACAUCAGUCACAUUAUUGGGCGUGGCCCUCUCUAUUAUGCUCUCUACAACAAUGCUGUGUAGAAGAUCCUAACUUCUAGACAGCUAAAUUAAUUGUUUACUAGUUUUAAUCAUUAAUGUUAAGUUUUCUCUAACAUUUUUUUUUUUUAUUUUUGUUUUUUCUAAUUGUAAUUAUUUGUCUAAGUGUAAUUUAUGCGAUUGCGAAACCAAAAGUGUGAAUGAGAACCUGUGAGAAGUUGUCAAACAAUAAAUAACAAAUCAUUGUUAGACAAAAUCAAAUUAAAAUGCAA